AAAACAUUUCCAUCAUAGUAGUAACUUUCCCAAAAUCUUCUCCUUCCAUCGCGCUGGAGCGGUAUCCAUCUCAAAUCCCGGAUUGUUUCUCUGUCGGAGAAUCAUCAUCGACCUCCCGUUACUUCUCUCGUCGCCGUCACCGAUACCAUCUCUCCUUCGGUUUCAAUCGAGACGACGUAGUACUCCCCCUCUCCUCCUACUGAUCUACGAUUGCGAUCGGCUAACCUUUACGAAUUAGGUUUUUUUUUUCUCCCACGAGUGGAGAUCGCGUUCUUCUGUGCUUUUUUUUUUCUUCUUUUUGAUGCCGAAAGCUUCUAGCUAGGUUUUCGGAUCAUCCUCAAAUGGCAGCGCCGAGGCCGACGUGGAGCCAGGAUCUGUUCGAUGCGUAUUUCAGGAGAGCGGAUUUGGAUGGAGAUGGUCGUAUUAGUGGAGCUGAGGCUGUCGGUUUCUUCCAAGGCUCCAAUUUGCCUAAACCCGUCCUUGCUCAGGUAUGGUCCUACGCUGAUGCAAAAAAGGCUGGUUACCUUGGUCGAGCGGAGUUUUAUAAUGCUUUAAAGUUGGUUACUGUGGCACAAAGCAGACGGCAAUUGACUCCUGAGAUUGUCAAGGCUGCAAUCGAUAGUCCUGCUUCAGCCAACAUCCCUGCUCCCAAAAUAAAUCUUGCUGCAACACCUUCUCCACAGCCCAGGGCACCUGUUACACAAACUCAGGGAGUUACAGCUGGUAUGAGAGGACCUCAAAUGGGUGGAAACGUAAGCACUGGUAACCAGCAAGUAGUUCCUGGCCAGCAGAACCAAUUUUCUGGGCCACCUCCAUCUCAACCACCGCAAAAUUUUCAAAGUCAGGGUAUGCCAGCUGGAGGGGCUAGCGCGCCUCGUACUGCAAACCAACCUAUGCCCUCUGAUUGGCUCAGUGGCAGAAGUGUUGGGCCCUCUGGGCAAGUGAAUUCUCAGAUUCCUCCAAGUCAAAGUGGAUAUGGUUUGACACCACCUAACUCAAUUGCCAACAAUACACCAAAACAGCAUAUGACACCUGCAGUGGUAAGCUCUACAACAGUGCCUGUGCACAAGCCCCAAGAUCCAUCUGCUCCUUCAGGUGCUCGUGCUCUAGAUGCUCCAUCCAGUCAGUUGGUAGCCAAGGAUCCCAAGGAACUGGCUGCAUCAGGAAACGGAUUUCCCUCUGAUUCACUUUUCGGAGAUGUGUUCUCAGUUACUUCCACGCAGCCAAAACAACAUGCUACGGGAACUACGUCGACAAUGGGCAUCUCAUCUGUUUCUACUGGAACUGUUGUGGCUACGGAAGUUGGACAGUCUGUAACUAGGCAAAGUUCAGUCCCACAGCAUGGUUCAUUGAGCCAGCAUCCUGUUGGUGUUCAGAAUCAGCUUACUGGAAAAUUAGGGCAGCCAUUUGUUCCCUCCGGUGCAGCUUCUGGUACAACUGGAUCUACUAUUGGAGUUGGAGUUUCAGCUUCCAGUCAAUUCACCCAGCGUCAGUCUCUGCCCCAACCGCAGCACCAACCUCAACCCCAACACCAACACCAACACCAAGCCCGCCCCCACCCCCAACAUCACCCACAACACCAACCCCGCCCCCACCUCCAGUCCCAAGCCCCUUGGCCAAAAAUGACUCCAGCGGACGUCCAGAAAUAUACCAAGGUUUUUGUGCAAGUUGACACAGAUAGGGACGGAAAGAUCACUGGCAACCAGGCUCGGAAUCUGUUCUUAAGUUGGAAGCUCCCGCGAGAGGCUCUGAAACAGGUAUGGGAUUUAUCCGAUCAAGAUAAUGAUAGCAUGCUCUCCUUGAGGGAGUUCUGUAUUGCUGUCUAUCUAAUGGAGCGUUACAGAGAAGGCCGACCUCUUCCCCCAGUGUUCCCAAGCACUAUAAUAUCUAGUGAGAGCAUGUUUACCUCUCCUGGUCAAUCUGUGGCACCACAUGGCAAUGCAUCCUGGGGACAUCCACAUGGUCAAGUUCAUGGGGGCUCGAGGCCACCAGCCAUUCCCAAAGGAAAGCCUCCACGGCCGGUUCCUCUCUCUCCUAGUGAUGAAUUGGUUCAGCCCACUCAGCCAAAGCGAAAAAUGCCUGAGCUGGAAAAACAUCUGGUGGAUCAACUUAGCAAGGAGGAGCAAGAUGCACUCAACUCGAAAUUUGAAGAAGCUACUGCUGUUGAUAAAAAGGUGGACGAGCUUGAAAAAGAAAUAGCUGAUUCCAAGCAGAAAAUUGAGUUCUUCCAUGCUAAGAUGCAGGAACUGGUUUUAUACAAGAGCAGAUGUGACAACCGGUACAAUGAGAUUACGGAGAGAGUCUCGGGUGAUAAACGUGAGCUUGAAUCUCUAGCAAAAAAAUAUGAGGAGAAAUACAAGAAGUCUGGCAAUGUAGGCUCCAAAUUGACUAUUGAAGAGGCCACAUUCCGAGAUAUACAGGAAAAGAAAAUGGAAUUCUAUCAGGCCAUAGUCAAAUUUGAAGAAGGCAAGCUUGAUGAUAAUAUUGUUAAGGAGCGCACUGAACACAUUCAAUCGGGCCUUGAGGAAUUGAUUAAAAUUUUGAAUGAGCGCUGCAAACAAUAUGGAGUACGUGGCAAGCCCACUUCUCUUGUGGAGCUUCCUUUUGGUUGGCAACCUGGAAUCCAAGAAGGUGCUGCUGAUUGGGAUGAAGAUUGGGAUAAGCUAGAGGAGGAAGGGUUUACCUUGGUCAAGGAGCUUACACUUGAUGUCCAAAAUGUCAUUGCCCCACCAAAGGAAAAAUCAUCUGCUUGGAAGAAGGAAGUUACCGUCUCUUCAAAUGAAGGUGAAGACGUUUCAUCCUCAGAUGUUGAGUCUAAAACAGAGAAAAAGCCAAGCAGUGGUGAAGACGCAUCUGAACAUUCAGAUGGUAAAACAGACAGAAACGGAUCUCUGGAUGAUUCUAAUGCUAGAAAGGGUAUUGAGGCCGACGGUUCACCCCAAACCAAAGAUACGAGGAGUGAAAAUGGCCAUGAUGAUGGUGAAUCUACUGCAUCUGCUGGCAAAACUGUAAACUAUGACUCUCACGAUGAGACAGAUUCAGUUUCAAGCUUCAACCCUGACAACGGAAAGGACAAGGAUCAUGAAAAGCAUGAUAGUGGCUUUGGAUUCGGGUUCGGAUUCGAUGACUUCAGCAUCAAGCCUAUAAAAACUGGCUCCACUCUAUCAAAUGACUUCCUCCCUCCCAAGCUAUCUAUAUUCUCUGAUUCUGUCCCAAGCCCUCCGGCAAAUGCAAACGACGGUUUCACUGCAAAACCUUCCUUGUUUGAUGAAUCUGUCCCGAGCACUCCAGCAACAACCACUGCCUCUUACGCAGGCAAGCAAUCAUACUUUGAUGAGUCUGUUCCAAGCACACCUGCCUACGCAGGGAAAUCAUUCUUCGACGACUCGGUUCCAAGCACUCCUGCUUACCCCGGAAGCUUGUUUCCUGAAAAGAAAUCCUUCUUCGAUGACUCAGUCCCAAGCACUCCUGCUUAUAGCACGUCUGAAUUUGGUGGGAAGCCGUUUGCAUCAGAGACUCCUCGUUCGGACAGCUUGUUCCCAGGAAGAAGUCCCUUCAUGUUCGACUCUGUCCCAAGCACACCUGCUGCACACGAUGACUUCUCUUCCAACAGCUUCUCUUCCAACAGCUUCUCCCGCUUCGAUUCGUUCAACAGCAAUAACAACAACGACGCUUUCUCUCUAUCCCGCUCGGACUCGAUGCGCAGCACAAGCGAGCCUGACCCAUUCGCAUCCAGGUUCGAUUCUUUCAACUACCAAAGAUAUGAUUCCUUCAAUGCACAAAGCUACGACAACGCCACUUCAGAGACACCUAAAGCGUCAUUGUCGAGAUUCGACUCGAUUGGAAGCACAAGAGACUCUGAUUACAGUCACGGGUUUGGGUUCGAUGACCAUGACCCGUUCGGUUCUACGGGACCAUUCAAAACAACGUCAACAACAGCUGAGACGCCUCGGAGCUCUGAUCACUGGAGUGCCUUCUAGCCCCACGUUUGGUACGAAUACGAUGAUCACAUAUCCUAUACUAGUUUGCUAUUUUUUACAGUCCCUGUCGGAAGAGUUUUAUGUAUUUGUUUGGUUUGCCCUCUGUUUGCUUCAUUUUUAUUGUAUUGAUAAUAUAUUUCUUUUGCCAUUUUUUGUAUGAUUUUUGACGAGUGACUCACUCGGAGUGAGUGUCCUUUGAUGGCGUUUCUUUCUUUGCUAUCUAUUGAUUAUGGUUUAUGAAUAAUCAAAUUUCAUGUUUCCCUGUGAAACAUGAAAUCUAUAUUGUGGGAAACAUGAAAUCUGUAUUGUAUCUUUGUAAUCGUCUGCUAUGUAUGGAUGGAUUAUCUUCA